AUGACAAGCCUGAAGGGAUCGAAUAGUCUUGAUCAGGCCCAGAAACAAGUGAGACGGCCCAUAACACCUACCACUAAUGGGGCGGUGGCCCAACCAUCGGCCAACGAAGGAACCGAUAAGGACAAAUUUGUGCACGACAUUUGUCAUUCGCUCAAUAAAAAUCUCCGAGUCAGCAUUUGCUAUAAAAGGACACCGAUGGCCACCGGAAAGGAGCAGGCUCCGGCGCAGGGCACGGCGUCGGUGGAAGAAGAGCGAGUGGAGAAGGAGCUCGACGGCGACGCUCAGUUGCAGCUGUGCCGCCAGCACUGCGGCGGCGUUCCUGCAUCGUACGGAGCCGACGACAGGAAACCACGCGUGGUGUGUACGGAGGCGGAAGUUGAGGACGGUUCCGGCGACGCCUCCUCCGCCGGAAAGUGCGAGGAUAUUAAGCAGCAGGCUGAUCAUUAUAAGUGUGCCGGUUAA